AUGAGGCUCGCAGUCUGGGCCUUGCUAGCCAUCCUCUCUGCUGGCCAGGAUGGGGCCGACCAAGACGUCUUCGACCACACUGUAACCAUCACGAUCACGCCGACCACCACCCUGACCCUGACGACAACCACCAUCCUUGGCGGAAACAACACCCUAAGCGCACCAUAUCAAAACAGCACAGCAUCAACACCAAGGCCCGAAACCUGCUACUGCGCCCCGGGUCCUACCACAGCCGUGAAGGGGAGGUCCUACCUCCUGAGGCGUCCCAACCGGGCAAGAGAUGGAGACCCUCCUGCUUCUUCGAACAUUCCCGCUACCAACCCUGAUCCACGCGCCUGUGGGAUAUCCUAUGCCGUCCAGCCGGGCGACACAUGCGAGUCGAUCGCGCGUGCUAAUGGGGUCAGCUUGAUGGACAUACUGGUGAGCAAUCCGCAGGUCGGCAACUUGUGCGACGGCCUGCCCGACGGGUUGAUCAUAUGUGUUCCCGGCAUGCAGUCCUCGUCUGCGGCGUCGCAGAUCUUGUCAAUACCACAGGCCUCAAUACCGCUGGCCUCGAUACCACAGGCCUUGAUACCACAGGCCUCGAUACCACAGGCCUCGAUACCGCAGGCCUCGACACCACAGACCUCAAUACGACAGGCCUCGACACCACAGGCCUCAAUACCACAGGCCUCGAUCUCGGCUUUGGGCCUCGCGACCACGCCGCCGCCUCCGUGCGCCAGCAGCUACGUCGUCCGUGAUGGAGAUACUUGCGAGCAGAUCAGCGUGUUACAGGAGCUGACUCUCAUGGAGCUUCUCAAGCUGAACCCGGCCCUGCAUGUUGACAGCAACGGGGCUUGCUCCAUCGAUGUGGGCCAGACGCUGUGCGUUGCAGAGGGCAAACCGUCCUUUGAGAUGCCACGGCCUGUGAUCACUGGCGGGGUGCCUUCGAUGAGUGUCAGUAAAGUACCCGCAGGAAGUCCACUGAUCAUCGCGAGUGGAAGCUUCGAUACAGAUAUGAGCAAGGCCACACUUCCGUAUGCAACUCAACCUGCUUUAACUGUACAUAUUCCAGAAGAGACCAGUCGUCCAGCACCGGGGCAAAUAGGUUCAAGUGCCCCAAGUACGGGCGCCAGCAUAGACAAACCUAUGCCUUUGACCACGGCCCCAAGCCGAGUCCCACCAAACGCUUCUCAGUUCUUCACCAUACCGAUCGGCGCCUCUGUGGCGACAAGUAUCUACUCAACGUCGCACUCUAUCUUACCACCAGGCAACCCGGGCCUGCCUUCCGGAAUGCCCAAGGUCUCACCAAGCACAAGUCUCGCCGCUCCUGAGCCUAUCCCGACGACCUCGUCAGUACGAGCUUCAUCGCAGGCAAUGUCGUACCCUCCGCCGCAUGUCGCUCCCUCGUCACAAGUACUAUCGACCCCAGCACCGCCACUGCCGACACAGGCGCCUCCACCGAGCACAAGUCCAGCGGCCCCCGAGUCUGUCCCGAUCUCACCAUCAGCACCGAGCGCAUCGCAGGCUCCGCCUCUGACUGUAAUACCCCUCGCUGCAUCGGAACAAGACUCCCAAUCGGCACCACCCACACCACCACCGCCGCCGCCGCCAGCAUCGCAAGCCGCGCCGACCUCAAGCCCAUCCCCGAACUCCGAAACACCGCCCCAGGCUCCAGGACCUCAACAAUUUCCCAGCUCGGACUCCGCUCCUCUACGGCCCUCGGCCGAGCCCAAGCCCAAGCCGACCGCGGAGAGCGAAGCGACCUCGCCAGGCCUGCAAGUGAUACCCGUCGACACGCGGACGAUAACCAAGCUGAAGACGAGGACACAGGCUCCGGCGCUGACGCAAAGAGAACUGGCCGAGAGGGCGCUUUUGGGGUGGCUGCCUACUAGUUUUCGGACUUCGACUACGAGAAGGCAGGGUGAUGAUUAA